GAAAGCAAGUUAGCAGGUCUGACCCUGAACAACUUUCUCUCCUCAUCUAUAUUAUUUUAGAUUAGAAAAGUAGUAAUAUAUCACCGAUCUCCCCAUCAACGUUAGAACAAAGUAUUUUCUUUUGGCAUUCCAACAUGAGCUGGUGGUGGGCUGGAGCUAUUGGUGCUGCCAAGAAAAAAUUCGAAGAAGAUGAUGCACCGCCCAAGUAUGAAAGCGUUGCUCUAAUCAUCGGAGUCACCGGCAUCGUGGGCAAUAGCCUCGCGGAGAUCCUCCCUCUCGCCGAUACCCCCGGUGGUCCUUGGAAGGUUUACGGCGUUGCCCGCCGGUCUAGACCGUCGUGGAAUGCUGACCAUCCGAUUGAGUACGUUCAAUGUGCAUUUCUGGAAAGUUUUGGCUGAGCAAUUUGGCGUGGAACCUGCGGAAUUUGAUGAAGGGAAGAGAUGCACAUUGACGGAGAUGAUGAAAGACAAAGGCACAGUUUGGGAUGAGAUUGUGAAGGAGAAUGGAUUGGUGCCUACUAAAUUCGAGGAGGUUGGAGUUUGGUGGUUUGUUGAUCUUAUGCUUGCUGGAGAUUGCCCUUUGGAUACUAUGAACAAGAGCAAGGAACAUGGUUUCUUGGGAUUCCGGAACUCGCAAAAAGCGUUCAUUUCCUGGAUUGAUAGGGUGAAAGCCUACAAAGUUGUUCCUUAGUUUGAUAUCCGUGUUCAGUUUAACUGUGUGAUAAAAUGUUUGAGUUUGUUUCCUAUCUAUUAUGUUGUUCAAUAAAAAGUACUAACAGCAAAAUGAAGCUAUUUCUGGCUGAAACGAUGUACACUUUUGGCGGCUUUGCUGUUCUGCUGUAAGUAUCCUUUUGUUAUUGAUAUCACUAUUGUUUUCUUGUUUCA